CCUAGAAAUAUCCCUUUAAACCCUGUUAUUUGGAGAAAACUGAUGCUGGUAUGUAUUUUAGGUGCCACAUCCCAUAAAUGGUCCAUGCAGGUUCCAUCAGAUGUGACAGGGGAAGCUGGUGGAGGAGUUGUUCUGCUCUGCACCUUCACUCAUCCCCACAAGUAUUAUGAUGGCAUGAUCACUGUCAUCUGGAGGAUCCGGGAGCCUUUUAAUGGGAGUCAAGUGUUUCGCUGUGUGGUACACAGCAACAGUGACCAUUGCCAGACCACUGUCAGCUACAAGGGCAAGUACAAACUGCUUGGCAACCCACGACACAAUAACAUCUCCAUCAGGAUCGACAACCUGACCUGGGCAGAUGGUAACCGGUAUUUCUGCAGGGUAGAAUUUGCUGGAGACAUCCAUGACCGCUAUGAGAGCAGGAGUGGAAUCCGACUCCACGUGAUUGCUGCUCCCAGGAUCAUCAACAUUACGGUGCUGCCAGGCCCUGACCACAUUUUCAGUGCUCGAUGUACAGCGGAAGGGGAGCCCCUGCCCUCCCUCACUUGGACUGGUCCAAGUACUGGCAAUGGCACCUCUACCUACAGCCAGAGCCAUCAGAUCACCAAGGAGCUCCAUGCCCUGGCCCAGGAUGGCCGCUACACCUGCAUCGCCACCAACAGCCUAGGCCACGCUGAGGGCAGCGUCUACUUCUACAAGUUCCGAGCCGCAGGUGACUCUUCGGUGCUUCUGACUCUUCUCUUUGCCCUGGGAAUCAAACUCUUACUGCUCCUGGUGAUCCUGGGGGCCUUCGUGUGCCAGAGCAAAG